GGGUGACAAGCGCUCGAUUCCUUUAUAAUGCCGACAAUUCACUGCAAUUGUAAACCCUAGGGCAACAUUUUCCUCUCGCCACUGUAAGCGGCGGCUCAGAUCGAAAAUGGUGAAGUUUCUGAAGCCUAACAAGGCCGUUAUCAUCCUUCAGGGACGACACGCAGGCAAGAAGGCCGUCAUCGUCAAGUCCUUCGAAGAAGGCACUCGCGAACGCCCCUACGGCCACUGUCUGGUCGCCGGGAUCGCGAAGUACCCAAGCAAGGUGAUCCGUAAGGACUCCGCCAAGAAGCAGGCGAAGAAAUCGCGCGUGAAGACGUUUGUCAAGCUCGUAAACUACAACCACAUUAUGCCGACGCGCUACACUCUCGACGUGGAUUUGAAGGACGCCAUUCCCGUCGACUGCCUUCAAUCUCGUGACAAGAGAGUGACAGCAGCGAAAGAGGCGAAAUCUCGGCUUGAAGAGCGGUUCAAAUCUGGGAAGAAUCGAUGGUUCUUUUCCAAACUCAGGUUCUGAGAAGGUCAAUACAUAAAUACUCUACUGAUGACUAGUUUUUUCUCCUUUCGUUGCAAUGUUUCAAGCAACAGCUGUAUUUUGUUCAAUUGAAACUUUCAUGCUUAACACAUCCGAUUGAAAUUGCUUUAUCACCACGUAAUAUUUGCAUCGCAAAUUCGCUUAUAUCCUGUUUUUAUUGUUAAUGUAUAUGAUUCCUAUUUAAAUUGCUGAUAGGUUAAUGUAUUAGCAGAGAUCUGAAUAAUAAGAAGCGUUAAGUUGAAGUUGCUUUCUCAGGCGUUGCGGGCAUUGUUAAUCUAGUACAAUGUACGUGUCAAUGGAAGCAUAAAGUAAUUCAUGCAACCCUACUUUCUCUGAUCUCGAUCUGUAAUCAAACCUAAAUAUGAAUUGGUUUGCUUACUUUAGGGUCUGAAACAUCAUUAUAGAAACCUUUAAGCGGCUUUUAACUUUUUUUAAUAGUUGCUUCAUAUGGUGAGGGCCCUCUGUGAAAGUGAGGGAUGCUCUAGUUUCCGAAGCAUAGAUCAAAUGGCAGUAUUAAACAGCAUAGUGCAUUUUCCAUUGCGCGUUGCUACCUGUCUCCUUCUACAGUUUUAAUUUAGUUUAUCCAAACUUUCUUCUGUAUGUUUUGAUCGAUAUGUAGGUGCAAGCUGUGUAUGGUCGAGUUAGCUCACACAAACUUUACUGGAUACUUCAAAAUAUCCAAACGUUCAUUUUUAUUGAUUUAAAAUACUCGUAAAUAUGUUAAGAACUUGCAUCCGAAAUGGAAUAAUUUAAAUACUUUUUGCUCGGUAAAACCAAUUUUUGUUCAUGUUUUAUUCGGCAUUAUAGCCUUUCAGUUCAACCUUGGAUUUAAAAAUUGCAUCUAAAAGAUGUGUUUGAAUUAGUCACGAUAGUGCAAAUGUAAUUUAUAUAUAAUAACAGGGAUGCUAUUUUUUAAUAUCAUAGCAGUUUAAUGGUUUAUUAAACCUGUUUUUUAUUUUUCUUGAAAAACCCUGUUUUAUUCUUGUUUUGGAUAUCUUUCUGCAAGUAACGAGGUGGAAUUUGAGCACGGAAUUACAAAAUUUGCAACGCCAUUACGCUUUCAAUUUUGGGGAAGGACGCAAUUUUGAAAGCUUUGCUGGCAAGUACGUAAUGUGACCUCACCAGUUGUAUGAUUGGGUGUCCUAUACGAAGAUCAGACCAUAUUAAUAAUGUACGGAGGAUAAAAUGUGUAAUGCGCUAAAAUAUGUUCAAUCCAAAUACAAAUUUGGACGAAUUUUUCCGAAAGAGAACGCUAUCUUGGCUUAAGAGGUCCAAAUCGUUUUAUUAAUAGGCGAUUCCUCAAGGCCAGUCACAAGUCUCAUAACGCUUGAUACUAUGGUUGAAUCGAACAGUCUCUUAUUUAAAACGAUUGUUGUAAACUUUCCCGAACUUCUUAGCACAGAUCGAUAAAUUCGAUGCCAACUGAAUACACGCUUAUAAAUUGUAAGGGUCAUUAGAUUGAAGCAACUUUUAAGAGCAAUACAUACAUUUGAAUUGUGUUGAAAGAAUGAAUUUUCGGCUUGAACCGAUUUGAACAUUUGGGUCACUAAGAGCAUCUCCA